AUGGCAACCGAGGAGGCCAGCGACUGGGCAGAGGCCCGCGACGAAGGCUUCUUUGCCGUCGAGAACGCCGAGCACGCGCCGGCCGACGCAACAAGCGACGUCGCCAGCAUCGAUAGCGUCGACAGCAGCAGCGAUGCAUCGGUGCUCCACGGCGCAUGCCCCGUCUGCCUCAAACCGCUCGUCGACGGCGUCCUCGUCGCCGCCUGCCUCCACGAGUUUUGCCGCGCGUGCAUACUUCAGUGGGCCGACCACUUGCGCGACCGAGGUGCGCCCGUGCGAUGCCCCAUCUGCCGCACGCCAUUCGCACAGCUCUAUACGAAUGUCGCGUCGGCCGACGACUACGACGUGGAAGACCUCGCGACGACCGCGCCGUCCCCACGCAGCUUGGCCCGACGACAGCGCGCACUUGUCUAUCGCCGCGCCUCGGUUUCAGUCGCAGACGCUCGCCGCCGGCAGUGGCCUGUCAUCUACAAGACGAACGACCAGGCCAUGUCCUGGAUACGACGAGAGCUCGGCGUUGUGCUUGGCGCGACCACCGACACGAGCCUCCUGCAACAGAUCAUCGCAUCCCAGCUUGUAGAGAUUCGGAUGGACGAUGCCAGUCGAAAGCGCAAGCAUUCGCAGCACGGGUAUGUGCGCCUUGUCGACGCCCUGCAUGGCUUCUUGGACGACGACGCUGCCACGUUUGUGGUCGAGCUCUCGAGACGCAUGUCAAUGUGGCCGGCGUGGGGACGCCGCGCGACCGUCGCGCUUGCAUCGACGCUGGUCAUCACAUCGCUCGCGAUCCACGCCGCGCUCACACUCGCAGCAGCACCAAGCUCGAUACCGUCGGUCGAGGUGUCGAGGCGUCGCUUUUCUGUCGCCGCAAGGACGCUUCAGCGCGCGUGGCGGCGGUACCGCGAUCGAAGUAUGAUCCGACUCGACUCGCUACGACCGAGCGACUACCGAGUGCCGAAGAAGCCGCGCGUCAAACGCAAGGCCAAAGCGACGCGGCACUUGACCAAGAAGGAGGUCGCGUUCAAGCGAGAACUCGAGCUCUGGGUGACGCAGGUGCUACGGCAGCUCCACCCGCGCACUAGCACGAUUCCUCUGGCCUUUGUACCCGAGUACCACGACCACGGGCUGCGUCAGCUCCGCUUGCGCCUGCGAUCGCCGCUCCACCUGUUCAACGUCGCCAAGGCCCGGCUCGACUGCGCGGCGCGGCUCAUUCAGGGCGCCGUCCGAUGCCGGUUUGCCUACCUGCUGUUGGCGGCGAAAAGAAGGUACUUGGACGGCCUCGUGUUUUCCAUGCACGUGCGCUGCCUCGGGCACGAGCUUCGCGCGGCGCUGGUGGUCCAAGCCACGUGGCGCUACCACCAAUCGGUGCAAUUUUGGCGCCACUACCUCUGCCUCUAUCGCAUCCGUCUCUUGCUCAUGGCGGAUGCACACCGGCGACUGCGACACAUGCUGUACGAGCUGCCGUUUGCCGAGAGCGAGCACCCCAAGCUGCUCGCGCGGUGGGUCCCGAGACCCAACCGACGUCGGCCCAGUCUCGUCGCGAUCACAGCCUAA